AUGCAAUCGCAGGACCUCGCGCCGCCCACGUGGGCCGGGAAGCAGCAGCCGCAAAAGAUCACCACCCGGCGUUCUCGCGUCCCCCUAUCCUGUGACCCCUGUCGUACUAGAAAGCUGAAAUGCAACCGGGAGAAACCCUGCCAGAACUGUACGGCCCGCUCCGAACAGGCCUCGUGCAACUUCCGCGGACCCAAGAAUGGGGCCGGGACUCUUCCCAACGGCCGUCGUAGUGCCGACGAAGAGGUGUUGCGGCAACGAAUUGAUCACUUGGAAGGGUUGGUUAAGCGGCUGGUUGGGGAACGUCAGCAGGCUCUGUCAAUGAACAACAGUCCAACCCAUACGGCUCAUGCUUCGGAGAGUUCAGGUUCUAUCCGUUCAGAGCCGGAGACGGGCCUCGCAGCUCCCGCCCCGGUCAGGAAUGCCGUGGUGGAAAUUGACCGUGACUCGGACCGGUCGGUACACCUCGACGCUAAUGACUGGCAUGCCGUGUUGGAAGAGAUCAAGGAGAUCAAAAGGUCCUGGAACCAAGAUCUGGACGACCAGAGUGACUACAGCGUCCGUGACAUACUUUCACAUACCGUCGAUGGCACCAGCCUGCUCUUCCACCAGGUGAAGGCCAUCGACCGCAUAGAAAUCCUCUCCAGUCUGCCGCCAAAGCCAACGGCUGAUCGGCUAAUUGCUCGAUUCUUUGAUCGUGAAACCUUCCCAAUCACUCUCCCUCCUAUCCUUCAUCAACCAACGUUCAUGCGAGAGUACAACGCCCAAUGGACCUCCCCCUCCCAAACAAACUUCAUCUGGCUCGGCCUACUGUACUCCAUCCUCAGCAGCACCAUGCUCGCCUUCCACCAAUACGGCGAACCGCCCGAGUACGAAGGCCUCUCCGAAUCCCUCUUCCAGCUCUACCGGAUGCGCACCGCACAAUGCCUUCUCAUCGGCGACAUCGCCAAAUGCCUGCCCUACACCGUCGAAGCGCUACGGCUCAACGCCACGGCCGAACUGAACCGCCGCGACGACAACCGCCGCGGGCUGUGGAUCAUGACGGGCGUCGUCGUGCGCGCCGCCAUCAACAUGGGCUAUCACCGCGACCCGGGUCCCCAUGUGCCCGUGCUAGAGGCGGAGUACCGACGGCGGACUUGGCUGUCGGUCAUCAGCAUGGACGACAUGGCGUCGUUUGCCGGCGGGUUCCCGCGCACCGCGUCGUCGGUGUACUCGGAUACGCUGGAGCCGAGGAAUCUGCAUGACUGGGAGCUGGGCGAGGGGACUACCGUGCUGCCGCCGUCGAGGCCGCUUACGGAGCGCACCGCGGCGAGUUAUCUGAUUAUCAAGGGGCGGUUGUUCAGAGUGCUGGGUCGUGUGGCGGAUUUCAACAGCGCCCCGUCCCUCGGGUCAUACCAGACUGUGCUGGAAAUUGACCAGGCGCUGUACGAUGUCUAUGCCAACUUCCCUCCACAUCUGCACGUCAUUCGGAAUGUGGUCAACCACUCCAACCUGAGCCUGCUGAUGAGCUACCACAGGGGCAUGUGCACCCUACAUCGGCGGUUCCUGGCCGAGGGGAGGGACGAUGUGCGCUUCCAGGUUUCGCGGGACAGGUGUAUCUCGUCGGCGCUGGCGCUGCUGGAUUUGCAGGAUGUUUUGGGAGGUGUCUAUUACAAGAUAUCGCAGAUCCGUCAGGUGCUGACGCUGGCCGCCAUGAUCCUGUUCCUGGAGCUGGAAUUGAGACGGAGAGACUCCCAGAUCGGGGGAGCUCAGGCCCCUGAGAGCGCUGUGCUCAUACGGGCCUUGGAGAAGUCAUGUGCCCGCCUGGCCGAAGCGAAGGACACCACCGAUGAGGCGCGCAAGAUCCACCAGCUCCUCGCCGGCAUGCUCUCGAGUUUUUCCAGUGUUGAAAACGGAUCCGCGGUCGAACCUGCUCAUGCGGCGCCUUCGCAGACGCCGUUUGAGCCUUCCAUCUUGAGUCCACGGUUCGAUGUUGCUAAUGGGACCUUUUCGUUGGAGAAAGACAUGACAGAAGGAGGAUUUGAUUGGACUGCGUACGACAAUUUUCUUGCCGAGGCUGAGCAUGACGUUGGACCCAUAUACUGA